CUCGUUGAAGCUACGAUGUUGCGGCGCAGCAGGAAGCAGCUGUGACACUGAGAGAGAGAGAGAGAGGAGCUCAGCCAAUUGUCAGUGCGGACGGAGGAGCUGCCUACCCGCUCGGUGGGGAGGCUGAAAGUUGAAGUUUUGUCUUCUGCAGAAGAUGGAUUCAACCUCAGACCUGAGAAUCGUCCUCCUGGGAAAAACGGGAUCUGGUAAAAGUGCAACAGGGAAUACCAUCCUGAAAAGGGACGCUUUUAUUGCAGAGAUGUCUCCUUCCUCCGUGACUGAAGUAUGCCGGAAAGAAACCGGCCGCCUGGAUGGCCGAAGAGUGACCAUCAUUGACACUCCUGGUGUGUUUGACACAUCAAACACACCAGAGGAAAAACUGAAGAGUGAAAUAGAGAAGUGCGUCAUGCUGUCUCUCCCUGGACCACAUAUAUUCCUGCUUGUCAUUAAUCUCUGUGUACGCUUCACAAAGGAAGAGAAAAAUGCCAUCAACUGGAUCACGGACAACUUCGGCGAGAAAGUCUCGAAGUACACGAUCGUUGUUUUCACUUGGGGGGAUCAGCUCAAAGACACCAUCGAGAACUUUUUGCACAAAAGCCCUGAAAUGAGGGAGCUGACCAGUGACUGUAAAGCUGGAUAUGUUGUGUUUGACAAUACGUGCAAAGGAAAUCGCACUCAGGUGGCUGAUCUGUUCGAGAAAAUAGACAGUACGGUCCAGUUGAACGGUGGUCAUUACACCAGCGAGAUUUACAAACAGGCCCAGAAUAAACUAUGGUGGGACCAGACCAGGGGCUAUGUGGGAACUGCAGGAAAAUAUUUAAUGUGCGCAGCAGCAGGCGCAGCAGGAGGCGCAGCUGCAGUCACAACAGGUGUAGGUCAGCUGCUGUCGGUGGUGAAGUCACAGCUGUAUCUUUACCACACAUGUGGGCUCUUGGAAGUGCAGCGAUCGUGAAUGGUGUUGGAUGGUUCAUGAGAAGGUAAUUCAGAAAGUGACUGGACUGUAGUCAUGUAAUGCUUUUACACUUAUGCACUCUCUUUAGUAACGAAUUGGGAAUAUUUUAAUUUCAAUUUUGCUUUCAAUAUGUUUGUUAUAUGUGUGAUUCUAAUUUUUAAAUGUUGUGAUUUAUGCCACAUAUUGAAGACAUACCUCCAUCUCGAUUGUGAUGGGCAAUAACCCUAUCUUACCACUGUAAUAAUAUAUAAAUUAUGUAUGGUAACCCUAUCUUACCACUGUAAUAAUAUAUAAAUUAUGUAUGGUAACCCUAUCUUACCACUGUAAUAAUAUAUAAAUUAUGUAUGGUAACCCUAUCUUACCACUGUAAUAAUAUAUAAAUUAUGUAUGGUAACCCUAUCUUACCACUGUAAUAAUAUAUAAAUUAUGUAUGGUACUUUAUGCUUCUGCAUUAUUUGUAAAUAAAAAAUACAUAC